AUGCGUAACUCGGAAACAACCCUGCGCGACCGAAUGCGCAAUCGCCCCUUCUCCGGCGUCGAGGCUGACCGUGAGCGCAAUUCGAAAUGGCGCUCCGUCCGUCUUCACGGUAUAGCCAUGUGCGGCGAGUUUGUCGGUACCACGAUGUUUCUAUGGUUCUCUUUUGCGGGGGCGCAGACCGCCUAUGAAACAGGCGGCGUUGCAAAUACCUCCAGCCAAGUCAUGCUCACCUCCUUGAGCUUCGGCUUUUCAUUGCUCGUCACUGUGUGGGCGUUUUAUAGGAUCUCCGGUGGCUUGUUCAACCCAGCCGUUACCCUCGCAAUGGUCAUUACUGGCAACCUUCCGUGGCUGCGUGGGUUGUUGCUCCUCCCUUCUCAACUGCUCGGUGGCAUCGUGGCUGCUGCAUUGGUGCAAUGCAUGUUUCCCGGCCCUUUGGUUAUCGGUACGACGUUGGGCAAUGGCACCACACCCGCACAGGGUGUCUUUAUCGAAAUGUUCCUGACCGCCCUCCUCGUCUUCACGGUUCUGAUGCUAGCUGCCGAGAAGCACUAUGCAACUUUCAUGGCACCCGUGGGCAUCGGUCUGGCCUUGUUCGUCGCCAUGAUGGCUGGUGUUCGUUGGACUGGAGCUUCUCUCAACCCGGCACGUAGCUUUGGUCCAGCCGUCGCAACGCCUUACUUCCCUGGCUACCACUACAUCUACUGGUUCGGCCCAAUCAUGGGUUCCUUGCUCGCCGCAGGCUACUACUCGUUCGUCAAGUACUUCAACUAUGAGGAGGUUAAUCCUGGCCAGGAUGCUACCGACCCUCACGAGAAGGAGAGACACGAGCAAGCCGCCGAGUCACCAGCGUGA